GGUUUGGAAGCGGGUGGGGAAGACUCGGGCAACGGCUGACCCUAUUACAUUAAAAAAUUGUACUCGGGGUUGGGUUGCCCGGACCAGAUUUCAAACCUUAUACAAUUUUACCUGCUCUCACAUUUCAGCCUGGACCUGACAUCGCCGCUAAUGUCGGAUUUCAAGCUUGGGAUUGUUCGACUUGGCCGUGUGGCCGGGAAGACAAAGUACACUUUGAUUGACGAGCAAGACAUACCAUUAGUGGAAAACUAUGCCUUUGAGGCACGCAUGGAAGUUGAUGCAGAUGGGAAUGGGGCAAAAAUCUUUGCUUAUGCCUUUGACAUUGGCAAGGGCAGAUGGGCAGGCCGACCACUGCAUGAGUUACUUUGGGAAAAGCACAGAGGUGGCAUUGCUCCAAGUUUCCAAGUAGUUCACAUAAACUCAGUCACAGUGGACAACCGUCUAGACAACUUGCGUCUUGUUCCAGUGGGAUGGAGUCCCAAACCAGAAGAACUGUCCAGCAAACAGAGAGAGCAGUCGCUGUACUGGCUAGCCAUCCAGCAGGUUCCUGCAGACCCAGUGGAGGAGCAGUAUCUGGAGUUGAGUCGGACACGUUACUACAAUGCCAAUGGAGAACUGGUGGAAGAGGAGGAAUGCUCCUGCACCUACUAUGAGUGUCACUACCCACCCUGCUCGCUUAUUGAGAGGAGGCUGAGAGAGUUCAACAUCUGUGGCCGAUGCCAGGUGGCACGCUACUGUGGCUCGCAGUGCCAACAGCGAGAUUGGCCGGCCCAUAAGAAGCAGUGCCGCGAACGCAAACGGGUUCUGGCACUGGAGUCGGAGCCUGAGCGAUGAUCCCCCUCAACCCCAAAUUCAAGGAUGGGGGUCACAGGGGUGUGGGAUGAAACUUUGAGUUGAGCAAAAAUUGACUGAUAUGGGACAAUAUUCGUGGGUUGGAAGGGCCUGUUGGGGGGCAAAAACACACUUCCCAGAACUUUCACAUCUCCACAGCUUGCCUAUGGGGAUUACGGGAAAUUUCGUUUUUUCAUUUUUAUUUGGAGGGAGGUCUUGAAGGCUCCACCUGCUGCUAUGGAUGUGUGUUUAAUGAAGAAAACACCAUGCCGUCAUAACUCUUUUCUGUGGACUGCAUUUGAGUAUUGACAGUCAUGCGCUCCUUCCAUCCACCCUCCUGUCAUGAAGUAUUAGCCGCUGGUAUCAAGGGACUAAACUGCUGUACAACUGACGAUAGGAUGGAAAAUGGACCUGUUCACUGUACUACCCUUCCUUCUUUUCCUCUCCCGGUUGGACUUUUUGUGCACAUAACCAAGCACAUAGUCACCCACCUGCCAUUUGUUCUACAAGUAUACGGCCGAUAGCUGUGCAAAACCACACCAUGAGUAUUGUGUGUGCAAUGCCAUUAUUGACUGAAGGACAUGGAUGAAGUGGUCGAACGUUUGUCUUGUUUUAUUUUAUUUUUUGCUUUAUUUUUGGGGGGGUGUUGGGGAAUAUGUCUACUUUGGGGGGCAGUGUCACUUUUUUGUUUACCCUUGAGUUUUUCAAAUGCAUUACAAUCCUAUGUACUCUACCCACUCAUGUUUUGUUUGAUUUAGCUUUUCAUAACAAGCACUCAUUUUAGAGGGAUGUCCUGGGAAAAACUUGAAAACCCACAUGGAAAGUCGAUUCAUGUUGUCAAUGUGUACUUGUCUAAAGUUGUCAUGGGUCCCAGUCAUUCAAUGAUUAGUCUUUUGUCUUAAUCUUAAUGUCAAAGUGAGUAUAACUUAUGAAUUUUGUUUAACUUUUUUUUUAUUUUUAUUUUUUUUAUAAAUCUCAUCUUAAUACAAAAAAAUGUGUGUGCACAAGUUCCAAGUGUGUCUUCCUCUUCCGUCAAGGGCAACGCAACCAAACUGUGACGCGCAUAUACAAAUAAGCAUGUACUGCAGAUAGAUACAUGUUACUUUUGUCUGCGUUCAUAUUCCGAAUAAUUUAUUUAUCUGGUUGGGAUAGAACACUGUGCACUGAAUAUCCUCACUUUGAUCUUUGCAGAGAAUAGGAGUCUAGGGUAGGUUGGGGUAUAUGUUCUUUUUAUUUUCUAAGCUAUUACAAUACAAACAUGAAAUGCAUAAAUAUUUGAAUGGGCAAAGUUUGUGAUAUCUGACCAUCUCUUGUCACUGUAAAAUAUAAGAAUAAAGUAAUUACAUCAAAUCUAAAAUGUGUAAAGGUUAAUUUAGUUGCAGAAGUGUCUGUUUUGCCCACAUUUAUGUUCCCAUUUGAGGAUAGAACUAUUGUCCUUCUGCUUUUUUCUGUUGAAGGGCUUGGCUUUAAAUCCUGUCAUUAAGUUUUACACAAGUUAAAACAUUUUGAUAAAAUGGUUAUCAUUGAGGGGAUUGUCACAAAUUUAAAGUCACGUGUCUUAUUUUGCAUGCGAGCACUUAAAACAUCAGGCUCAAAAAGUAUUUGGAUACUUAAGCCACACUUAAUGUUUGAAUGUCAUUGCUGUAAAUAAAAAAUAAUAAAACGUAAAACCAAUGGCAUCCAAAACAAAUGAUUCCACACCUUUUCUCAGAACAAAGCUUUUCUUAGUGGUUUUCAUAGCAGUUAUUAUUAGACUGGUCCCAAGGUUUUUGAGAUGGAACAUUAAGUCAGUUCCACAAACAGGUGGUCCCGCCAACUCCUCCAAGCAUUCUUAUUGGUUAACAUGCGGGUUGCAUUGUGAUUAUUUUUAUUACUAUUAUUGCUGUCUAUGUUACAUGGAAAAAUGUGAAUUUUCAGGAUGCCCAUAUCAGUGAAAUGUUUCAGGUAGUAGGUUAGGGGGUCAUUCUUGGGGUUUUGGUAAUAUUUCAACUUUGAAAUUGAUUAAUUGUCAGAAUACUUCUCAACAUUAGGCACAUAUUAAACCUCCAACAAAUCAAGUU